UAACAGACCGACGGAAGAAGGCAGCGAUACCUGCAAUUUGAAAGGAUUCUACUAAGAUGCCGAAAUCCAAGAGAGAUAGAACAGUGACUUUGUCAAAGACAAAGAAGAAAGGAAGAGAACACAAAGAGACAAUAGUCCAGUCAAUAAGGGAUGCAGUUGAAGAGUACAACUCCAUAUAUGUUUUCAGCUUCGAAAACAUGAGGAACCUCAAAUUCAAGCAGUUCAGAGAACAGCUCAAAUCUUCCAGCAGAUUUUUUCUUGGGUCAAAUAAAGUCAUGCAGGUUGCAAUAGGUCGCGCAGAUUCUGAUGAGAUAAGACCAGGGCUUCACAAAGUUUCUAAGCUUCUUCGAGGUGAUUGUGGGCUUUGUUUGACCAAUAUGCCCAUAGAAGAGGCCCACAGAAUAUUUGGUGAAUAUGAAGAUCAUGAUUUUGCGAGGACUGGAAGUAUUGCUUCAGAAACGGUUGAACUUAAGGAAGGUCCUCUAGACCAGUUUACACAUGAAAUGGAACCCUUUUUGCGGAAGCAAGGGAUGCCAGUAAGGUUAAACAAAGGAGUGGUGGAGCUUGUUGGAGAUUUUGUUGUUUGUGAAGAGGGGAAACCAAUAUCACCCGAGUCAUCUCGCAUACUACGUUUAAUGGGGAUAAAGAUGGCAACCUUUAAACUAAGUUUGAUAUGCAGAUGGAGCCCUGAGGAUUAUGAAGUUUAUCAAGAAGGUUUGCAAGGUUCAGAUAUUGAAUCUUCAUAAAAUCCAUUAUUGCAUAUGGUUUUGUGUUUUAUGUGAGAUUUUGCAUGAAAAAGGUGCAAUUCAGUUUUGUAUGAUUCAGAAAAAAUGUGUAAUGGAUUUUGUGUAAAACGUACAACAAGUAUAAUGCGAUUCUAUUUUAU